AACUGGGAGGCACGGCUGCAGUCAGGACCAGCCAGCACUGCUCACUCGCAUGGAGCAGCUUCUCCCGCCGCUUUAGGCGGAAUCAGUGAGGGACGGCGGGGAAUGGAUGGACUGCUCCUGGUGGAAGGAACAUGAACCCCAUGCGCAAAUCGCUCUCAGCGCCGUCUCAGCACUGAAGAAGUUUUCUGCCGUCGUUCGGGAUUAUUAUCUGUACCCGCGGACGCUUCAGCAGAGAUCAAAAUGAGUGACAUCUACGAGUCCGCAGCCACCACGCUGGGCCUGGUCAACAGCCCCUGCCUGACCAAAGUGGAGCUGCGUGUGGCCUGCAGAGGAAUCUCAGACAGGGAUGCACUGUCCAAACCAGACCCCUGUGUGGUCCUUAAGAUGCAGUCCCACGGCCAGUGGUUUGAGGUGGACCGGACAGAGGUGAUUCGCAGCAGCAUAAGCCCCGUCUUCUCCAAGGUCUUCACAGUGGACUAUUACUUUGAGGAGGUGCAGCGUCUACGCUUUGAGCUGCAUGACAUCAGCAGCAACCAUAAUGGGCUCAAAGAGGCGGACUUCCUGGGAUCCAUGGAGUGCACACUCGGACAGAUUGUUUCUCAGAGAAAACUGUCCAAAGCAUUAUUGAAACAGGGCAAUACGUCAGGCAAGUCUUCCAUUACGGUCACAGCGGAGGAACUGUCUGGGAAUCAUGAUUAUGUGGAGCUCGCGUUCAGUGCUAAGAAGCUAGAUGACAAGGAUUUUUUUAGCAAGUCAGACCCAUUUCUGGAAAUCUUCAGAGUCAAUGACGAUGGCACCGGAUCCCUGGUGCAUAGAACUGAGACCAUCAUGAACAAUCUAAACCCUGUGUGGAAAUCGUUCAAAGUUUCGCUAAAUACACUCUGCAGUGGCGAUCAGGAGCGGGAACUAAAGUGUACAGUGUGGGACUGGGACUCAAAUGGAAAACAUGACUUCAUUGGAGAAUACCAGACAACCUUCAAAGAGAUGAAGGCAGCUAUGGAAGGAAAACAGAUUCAGUGGGAAUGCAUCAAUCCAAAGUAUCAAGUGAAGAAGAAGAACUACAGAAACUCUGGUGUGGUGAUGUUGACCCAGUGUAAGAUCAUAAAGAUGCACUCGUUUCUGGAUUAUAUAAUGGGUGGUUGUCAGAUCCAGUUCACAGUGGCGAUUGAUUUCACCGCCUCAAACGGUGACCCACGGAACAGCUGCUCUCUACACUACAUCCACCCAUACCAGCCAAAUGAGUACCUUAAAGCACUGGUGGCUGUGGGCGAGAUCUGCCAAGACUAUGACAGUGAUAAAAUGUUUCCAGCGUUCGGCUUUGGAGCGCAGAUCCCACCUGAUUUCAAAGUCUCUCAUGAUUUUGCUGUGAACUUUGAUGAGGACAACCCAGAGUGUGCUGGUAUUCAGGGGGUUGUAGAAGCCUAUCAGAACUGUCUCCCUAAGAUCCAGCUCUACGGCCCCACUAACAUUGCCCCAAUCAUUCAGAAGGUAGCUAACUCUGCCUCUGAGGAGAUGCACACUAAGGAGGCUAUGGAGUACUUCAUUCUGUUGAUCUUGACGGAUGGAGUGAUCACAGACAUGGCGGACACACGGGAGGCCAUCGUCCACGCCUCUCACCUGCCAAUGUCUGUCAUCAUCGUGGGCGUGGGCAACGCUGACUUCAGUGACAUGCAGAUGUUGGAUGGAGACGAUGGAAUUCUGCGCUCACCCAAAGGAGAACCCGUCCUCCGAGAUAUUGUCCAGUUUGUGCCCUUCCGUAACUUCAAACAUGCAUCUCCUGCAGCGUUGGCGAAGAGUGUUCUGGCUGAGGUGCCCAAUCAGGUGGUGGAUUACUACAACAAUAAAGGCAUAAAGCCCAAAUGUCUGUCAGACUUUGAGUCUUCCAGAGCUUUCAGUCCUUGAACCAAAAGCACAACCAACUGCAGGCUUGCAGACGAGUAACACCUGCUGGUGAUUUUCAAAAUCAUUGUAUAGAAUGUUUCUGAGUAUUUUAGAACUUGUCAUUCUAAAAUAAGUUUUUGGAAUUGAAGUUGUUUAUGUAUUAUAUGUUAUUGUUUUUUUUUUUCUUUAGACCAGAGCACACUGCCCCAGCAUUCUCCAACAAACACCAGCAAACCCAGAUGUUGAGUUGGUGUGCUGUACCUGUAUGUGAUACUUGAGAAACUCUAGAAUGUUCUCCCCCCAUUCACAGGUGGGGUGUGUUUACAAGCAGCCUUAUAAUACUCUAAUUAUCUGACUAAUAUAGCAAUCACAAUAAAAACCUUCAUAGAAACACCUAAACUAGGAUAUGCAAGUGCAAAAAUCCAUCCAUAGUCCAAAUAAUUCUUAACCAACAAGUUUGUUAGCCUGAGGCUUCAAAAUCUGCCAUAAAACAAAUAAAAUACCACAGAACAAUGAAACUUGCUGGGCUCCUUGCUGCACUUCUGUUAUCCACCACCUUAAAAAAAAUGCAGGGUUGUCUUAACAGCAUUCGAUGCUCUCAAAGCAUAUUUGAGGUACACUAUAUGGUCAAAAGUAAUGGGACACACACUUAAUCAGUGGUAUUACUGAAAGGGAAGCAUUUAGGAAUCAUGGCAACUCAGCCUUGAAGUGUCAGACCACGUAAAGUUAAGACCAGGGUCGCUGAGUGUUGAGGAGCAUAGUGCAUAAAAGUCGCCAAUGCUCUGCUGACUCUAAACCUCCUCUGACAUUAAUAUCAGCACGAAAGCUGUGUGCUGGGAGCUUCAUGGCAUGGGUUUCCAUGGCUGAGAAGCUGCAAGCAAGCCUUACAUCACCGAGCGUGAUGCCAAGCAUUGGAUAGAUGGUAUAAAGCACACCACCACUCGACUAAAACAUAUUCUACGAAUCAAGCUUUUCUAUCUUGGAGUCUGACAGACGGGUCUGUUUUGGUGAAUGCCAGGAGAAUGUAACCUGCCUGACUGUCCUGUGCCAACUGUAAAGUUUGGUGGAGGAGGGAUAAUGCUAUGAGGUUGUUUUUCAGGGGUUGGUCUAGGCCCCUUAGUUCCAUUGAAGGGAAAUCUUAAUGCUUCAGCAGACCAAGACGUUGAUGUUAUGCUUCUAAAUUUGUGUGAACAGUUUGGGGAAGGCCCUUUUCUGUUCCAGCCUGACUGUGCCCUAGUGCACGAAGCAGCUCUGUAAAGACAUCAUUGGAUGAAUUUGGUGUGGAAGAAAUUGACUGACACACAUAGAGCCCUGACCUUACCCCCAUUGAGCACCCUUGUGAUUAACUAAAACAGAGAUUGUGAGCCAGGCACUCUCUCAACAUCAGUGUUGGACCUCACAAACACUCUUCAGGAUGAAAGGGCAAAAGGAGACAAACUCCAAAAUCUUGCAGAAAACCUUCCCAGAAGAGCGGAAGCUGUUAUAGCUGCAACGGGGGACCAACUUCAUAUUAAUGCCUAUGGGAUGUCAUUAAAGCUCCUUUAAGUAUAAUGUGUAGGUGUCCCGAUUUGUCCAUAUAGCAUAUCAAAGAUCUGAGGCAGCCUUCUUGUCAGGGGCCAUAGGAUGGUUGUCUGUGGCUGUCAGCCAUCUGUUCGCUGAAGUAAUAGAAUUGGCAGUUGAUGUUCUUCUACAAAUGUGCUGAGCUGUUCUAUGACAUUGCAUUAGUACCAGUUUAAAAAAGCUAUUGCUGCGUCAUGUGUCUUGGAUGAACCAUGUGCCAAAUGUUUGGAAUUAGGGAGAAAAUUGUGUAAAAAUCAACAAAUAAAUAAGUAAAUGAUUGAUUGAAUGUGCAAAAGGUUCAUAACAGAUCUAGCAAGUGUUUGAUCAAAUGAGAGUUGUGGGUUCUGCUGAUCUUUGGAGAAAAUUUAAUCGGGUGAACAUGUGUCAAAAAAGUGUAGGCUGCAUAGGAUUUGUUAAAACUUGCAUAUUUAAAAAUAAAAUUAAACAAGAAACAAAAGUUUGGAAACAUGCUGAACCUGCCAACUGACUUAUACGCUUCUUGGUUUAUGGUAACAGCUGGCAUCAAAUGGUCACUUCACACAUGCACAGAGAUUAGUUUGGAUUACAUGUAGCCAUGGGUGGAAAUGGGCCAGAACACAUGCUAACCCCGUUAAAAGUCAAACGGUAAAAGCUGGAACGGAUCUGCACUCCAGCUAAUUCACUGGGAAACUAUGUAUAGUUGUUUUAGUCAAUUCUCUGUUGCAGUUUCCAUGGUAACACAUGCAUUGCAUAUGUAACAUAAAACUAGCCAAGAAACUCCACAAUCGGAUGAAAAGUAAUUUGAGUUCAAAUUAGAAUUGCUCCACUCGAGUAGAGCAAUGACACGUAGUGGCUGAUAUUGACCUGACUAGACUGCUACGUCAGCCAUUCUUUACUAGUCUAUGAUAUCAAGUCAUCUAAGGUGAAAGUAACUGGACACUGUACAUUUUUUACAGGCUAGAUAUUUAGUAUUAUGGUUGAAAUAGUGAGAUUUUUUUGUUGUUGCUGUUGUUUUUUUGUUGUUUUUGACAAGCAAUAGACAUUUUGCCAACCCUUUGUGGUCUCUGCCUUGUUUUUUCAUGCUGUUAGUUUAAUUUCAUACAUCAUCUAAACCAAGUGAACAUUCACAGAGCUAGAUAUUGGGUUCCCCCUGUAAAAUCUGGCCAUUUCCACCCCUGCGUUUAAUGUAUAAAGUUGGGUAUUUUUAUCAUAGGCAUGGUACCUGUAAACAGCUCACAUGGAAUCUGAAAUUUCAUUGAAUUUAAUCAGACUAUACAUUUCUGAGCACUGGCUGAUUUGUCAGUUUGGCUUGUAAGUUCAGUGUAAAGUCAAUAUUAGGAUGGUGCAGUAUGUUGGAAAGUGUUGGAUAAGUAUGCUCUGGCUUUUUUUUCCUUUCAUUCGUUCACUGAGUAAUUUGUUUAUUUAUUUAUUUAUGCUAAAAUGGACCACAUCCGUCUUGCUGUACAGUAACUAUGGAGCAACAAUAAAAGCUUUCAUUCACAGUGAACAAGGCAGAACAAGUCUUAGUGUAGAUGAAGUUUUCUUUAGAGAGUCAGUUGUUGAAGGGCUAUGUAGUCCAGAGGAGCAUGAUACUCCAUUACUUGAUGGUGAACAGUGCUUUCCUAUGAGCAGACCGUCAGCACCAUUGUUGUUCCCUGUUUAAAGUGCUACCGUUUGAUUAUUUGUUCAUUUACUGGAUUAGUUUUAAUUUCUGCAUGUGUGAUCUUUAAGGCCUGAUAUAUAAUAUUAAACUGACUAUGUGUACAGUAUGUAGAGCUAAAUAUAAGCUAUCCAAUGAAUAUUUACAUGAAAGCAUGGUGAAUGGACAGAACUCUGUGCAUAGACGUUCUAGACCUUUCUGUUCUUUUCUACAGGUUUGUUGAACUUUUUUGCUAAAUUUCUUAAAAACUUCUUAAUCUGCAAGUUCCUUCAGAUAUUUGGAGUGAGUAGCUGUUACUGCGUUACAGCAUUAGAUGCUCUUCUCUUCUGUCUUCUUCUUCUGUCCUCUAUUGGCCUCUUCUCUAUUCACAGUUCUCUUCACUCUUUCUUCUCUUUUUACUGUUCUUUCCUCUUCACUCUUCUCUCUUUACUGUUCU